AAAUUUCUUACACCAACACACACACACACACACACUUGCUUCAGAACUAUAGACCAACAAUGGCGUUAUCAAGUAUAUCAGUUUUGAAACCCAACAACCAUUGUAUCUUCACCUUCACAAGGUGGGUUCACGCAAUCGCGCAGCCGCCACCGUUGGCCGGUUCGAUAAGCCCAUCAGCCGUAACAGCACCGGUGGUUUUGCCUGAAUUUGAAAGGAGUACAGAUACCAUUGAUAAUAAUGAUAUCGGAUCCGGGUUUUAUGUUGGACCCGGAUCUAUGGAGCUCAUGGCUGUCCCCAAGAAAAAGAUAAGUUGGGUUGAUGAUGCAGACUUCUCCUCACAAACGUGGAAUCAGAAACGGACCCAAGGCUUUGAAACCUAUUCCGGUGAUCAUUCGUUGCAAGGUAUGUGGGAGAGUCAAGCUGCCGCAUUUCUUCUGUUGCAGUGGACUUAGAGACGGUGAUGGACAGAAUGGUUCCACCAGUUGAUCACUCGUCCGUGUCGAUCUUAUUUCAGAUCCUAUAAUAGACAUAGAGUCACAGGUUGUUCUGAAGUUGUUUACUUUUGUGUUUGAAACAAGUAGAACUGAAAACGGCCAAUCAACUGUUCCUUUGCAUCUGUUUAAUAGUUUAGUUUACUCCUUUGUUGAAUAAAUCCGAUAAAUUAUCAAUUUAUGAUUAACAAAGAUUUAAGAUUGAAGAUGAA